GAAGAGCCUUAUUAUGUUGCUAUACGUUUUAGUAAGAACUUUUCUCAAGAUCAACCUACAGAAUUCACAAGGUCUAAUAUAAAUAGAUUGUUUAUACCGGCUGAUCUCUGGGACAAAAGAAAGGAAAACAUUAAUGAACGAAAGCUAUAUGGAGAAUUAUGGGGAGUUGCACGAAAUAUCAUGCAAAAGGCAGUUCAACUUCAUAGACAAGAUGUUCUUGAAAAGCUACAAAAUUUAUUAACUGAAAUACAGGAAGAAGAGUUAGUAAACAGCCUAGCCAAUGAUGAUAAUGAGGAGAUGUACAGUAAUAGCUUAGACGAUAAUGAAGAAUAUGAAGAAACUAAUUCAUUAUCUGAUAUACCUCUUCAAAAUCCAAAAAAACGUAAGGUGAAAGGACGACCAAAAAGUUCUAAACGAAUCAAGCGAUCAGAGGAAUUAAAGCCGGCCAAACGUCAAAACCAAUGUGGGAACUGUGGCGA